UUGACUGCAGUAGCUGGUGUGCGUGUGUUUGCACCAAGGCUCGCAUCCUUCAGGAGGCUGGCUGGCUUCUGCCCACUCCAUUUGAACGCUGGCGUGUCACUCAAGCGGGAAGCCCGGGGCAGGCACAUGUGCACUGAGCAAAAACAACAGAAGUCAGUCGCAGCUUGCCGAGCUUCGUGAAGACGGAUUGCAGCUAUUUGUGAAGCUGAAAGUGAAAGCCGCGUUGUAAACUGCUGGGCUGAAUUGCGAGAAGUCACGAGUAAAUGAACGACUGCGUUGCCAGCGUGAAAUCAACCAUUGGUUUUUUGCCUCAUUUAUUUGGGAGUCUUGAAAUUUGGUGUCUGUAAUAUUCUUUAUUGGCUAUAGCUGUGCACUUCCUGAAGGAAAAAUGCCGCAAACACCUACCUUUGCAGCCAUGUUUAACAGCAGUGGUUACAGCCGGCAUCUUUACGUAACCAGAGAAGGUAAUUGUGGAGGCUUGUUUUACCAAGACAACAACCUUGUGUCAGGGUCUCUGGAGGCACUGAUCCAACACCUUGUACCAACAGCGGACUACUAUCCUGAUAAGACAUACAUAUUUACAUUUCUUUUAAGCUCCCGUCUUUUCAUUCGACCUUAUGAACUUCUAGCAAAGGUUUGCCUUAUGUGCAUCGAACAACAGAGACUGAAUGAGACCAUUUUGGAUAAGGCCAAGAUAAGGAAAUUUGCGCCUAAAAUAGUCCAGCUUUUGUACAAUUGGACUGAAACAUUUCCCUAUGACUUUCGAGAUGAGAGGAUGAUGAGAAACCUGAAGGACAUGACCCACAGGAUAGCGGCAAUGGAUGAGCUCCAUCGGAAAUCUGUGCAGCAAAUGACUCAGAAUUUGAUCAGGAAGCUUGCUGCCCUUAACCAGUAUGAGGAAGUUCUCUCAAAAUUAAAUGCCUCGGCCACCGACAGAUUAACUGUGCUAAGGACCAAACCACAAUCCAUCCAGAGAGACAUAGUGACCAUCUGCAAUGAUCCAUACACUUUAGCUCAGCAGCUAACACAUAUAGAACUGGAACGACUCAGUCAUAUCGGACCUGAAGAAUUUGUCCAGACAUUUGCACACAAAGAUCUUUUGGACAACAACAAGUCCUGCAUUAAUGAUCUGAAGAAAACAAGCAACCUGGAAGCCUAUGUGGAGUGGUUUAACAGACUGAGCUAUCUGGUAGCAACAGAGAUCUGCAUGCCUGUGAAGAAGAAGCACAGGGCACGGAUAAUAGAAUAUUUCAUAGACGUUGCUCGUGAGUGCUUUAACAUCGGCAACUUCAAUUCCUUGAUGGCAAUUAUUUCCGGCAUGAAUAUGAGCCCAGUUUCCAGAUUAAAGAAAACCUGGUCUAAAAUCAAAACAGCCAAAUUUCAUAUCCUUGAGCAUCAAAUGGAUCCAUCCAGCAACUUCUACAAUUACAGGACGGCUUUACGAGGAGCAGCUCAGAGAUCAACGACAGCCCAUAGCACCCGGGAAAAGAUUGUAAUUCCGUUCUGCAGUCUAUUGAUCAAGGACAUUUACUUUUUAAACGAGGGUUGUGCCAACCGUUUAAUGAAUGGACAUGUCAAUUUUGAGAAAUUCUGGGAGCUGGCAAAGCAAGUCAGUGAGUUUAUGACCUGGAAACAGAUGGAGUGUCCUUUUGAGCGUGAUCGUAAAAUCCUUCAGUACCUUCUCACUGCCCCUGUGUUCUCUGAAGAUACACUUUAUUUGGCAUCCUAUGGAAGUGAAAGCCCGGAGAAUAAUGUUGAAAAGGAGAGGUGGAAGACUUUAAGGUCAAAUUUUCUAUCUAGAGUUUAGCCUCAACAUAAAGUGCUUUAUAAUUGGCACCAACAUACAAUGUUUUUCAACAACUGAUUUUCAAGAGCAAGAGACUUGGACAGCAGUGGAAUAAAAGUUGUGCACGAAGAACAAUGAAUCUCAAUCGGAGUGAAACAGAGAUUGGAAGCCUAUUUCACUGGUCAUAGACUACAUGCAAACAUUUUUUGGGUUCUGCUGGCUGUUAGUAAUUUCAUUGUGAACUGAGAAUCUCAGAGUUGAGAGUGUGGGUACACCUGGUUGCAAACCUCCAUAUUAACUGGUCUGGUGGACGGAUCCCUGAGAUUUGCGGCUGGUUACUCUGCAGUUUCAGACAGAACCUCAGGCCUGGGUGCUGGUCUCCACCUGGUCUUAUAGCUAUUGGGAUCAAAAUGACCUGAGAUGGCUGCGGGUCAGUAUCAUCGGGAAAAAAAGCUAAUAUAAUAAUGUUCAUGACAAUGGUCAUACAUAUAUUGUACCGGAAUGCAAUAGAUUUGUAUGAUAUGGCAAGUUAGUUAAAUCCAUGACCAAACUGUUUACAUAGAACAUACUGUAAAUAUCUCAUGUUGAAGUAUCAGUUACAUCUAGGUAGGCUUUGGGAUACUCUGAGAUUUAAAGUAACUCUGAAGAAUUAAAAUGGUAGAAUGUUAUUUUGGUAUUUGUUUGUAAGAAUUAAAACAACAUUUUGGAUUAUUUUAUAAAAUGUUUAGUAAUCACCAUAUACUUGAAUAUUGUCACAAAGACAGGGAUUUUCUUGACAGGAAUACUUGCAAAAUUGUUGAUUAAAUUGUAAUCCGUCAUUUAACCUGCAGAAGUCAACAUUCUGUGAGUCACAUCAGCAUUAGGAUUGUGCAAUAUCCUGCAUUGUGAAGCAUUUAUGACUUGCUUGCAAUAGGUGUAAGCAUUUAAAAAUAUUUAUUCCAAAUGCAUAAUGAAAGACAUGUGAACUCAGUAGAAAAAAAAAUGAACAUGGUUCUGAAAAGUUAGUGCCAGUGAUUCAUGACAAGAUAAUGUACAUGUUAUAAAGCAUGUGAAUGAUGGCUGAAUUUUGUACAUUUUCUUCCUGCCAUUAUCUUUUUUUUAAAAUAUUGUGGUUAACUUAUCUGUAUAUAACUUUUAUGCGUACAUCAUUAUGCAUUUUAAAUGCUUAGUUGCUGAGAAGGGAAUUUAAAAAAAUACUGUGGUGAUUUUGUAAAAUAAUGAAUCUUCUUUCACUGUGUAAGAUUAAUUUUAUACUGAAUUUUGGCGUAGUUCAAUCUAUAGAUUACUGAUGCAAUAGAGAGAAAAUUCCAGUCAUGCAUUAGCAGUUUGACAAUUUUAUGCAACAGUAGUGUUUUGUGUCAACAGUAUUGGUGAAUCUAUCUAUAUGUACGUCGAAUACUCCUGUGCAUCACUAUUGUGGGAUCCAAUGGCAGCAUUAAUACUAUACAGCAGGAAGGAUUGCACCAGCUCCCCACAUGAUGCAUGCUUUCAUCUGGGUGUCAACCCCACCAUAUACGGGAUUGAAAUACUACACCUUCAUACACAAGAUAGGAAUGCUAUUACUAAGCACUGCUAAAUGUGCGAUUGGUUGUUUGUGGACAGAGCAGAGAGGGCUUUUUACAUUAUAAAUACAAUAGGAAAAUAUGGUGAAUGCUGUCCUCCUGGACAGAAUACAUGGAAAAUUGUUACCUGAGCUUUUGUUGAACUGACCAAGCAUAUUAAAACAUAGUACAGCAGAGGAACAGGACCUUAAGCCCACAGUGUCUGUGUUGAACAUGAUGUUGUCAAAGACAUACCUGCCUGCAUGCAACCUCUAUCACUCCAUUCCCUGCAUAUCCACAUACCCAUCCAAAAGACACUUAAAUGUCACUGUUUUAUCUGUCUCCACUACUACCCCUGGCAGCAUGUUCCAGGCACGUUCUCAGCAUGUUCUGAGUAAAAACGUGCCUCGUAUAUCUCCUUUAAACUUUGCCCCUCUCACUAAAGCUAUACGAUAUGAUGGAACUUUAUAUUAUCCCAGGAGGGAAAUUGAUCUGCCAACAGCCAUAAAACCACAAGAUACAUGAAACGAGUGGAAAGGACUGGGGCAGUCUCCCCACCAAGCUAAUCCAAGCAUUAAUCUGGUAAACCUCCUCUGCACCUUUUCCAAUGCCUCCACAGUCUUCCUGUAUUGAGGCGACCAGAACUGUACGCAUUAUAAAAUGUUGUCUAUGCUGCAGGAAGAAAUGGACAACAUGCAAAACUGAAAUAAGUUCAUGUGAUAGGAGUUUAUCAGUGAAUCCAGUGAAUUUUACCAUGUUGAGCAUUGAAUUCUGUCAAUCAGAAUUAAAGUUCUUAGAGGGAAUUGCGCUUAUUUUAACAAUCACAAAUUACUGGAGUGGAAAGAGCAUACAAGUAAUAGACACGUUCAGCAUCCACAACAAUCCAGUUAGCCUUGAAAGUUCACUGUUUCCUGUCAACCAGGUAACAACAAAGAAAUGUGGUUCUUUUUCACAAUUACAGGUAAUAGUAAUUUUUGUGACACUUAAGUUUAUACAUUAGAGAGCGGAGGAGAUAGUAACAAGGAAUAGGCUGACCAGGGUCAUAGUAUACUGAUUGAAAAACAAAAUGAAUUAUAGUUUUAUUCAUAUCUCAUUUCUCACCAAACCUGUGGAAGUCACUUUGUAUUGUGAACCUAAAUUUAAGACUUUUGGAUUUGCGAAAGGUUAUGCUGUUUAGUUUUUAAAAAUGUAGACCACCUGGGCUCUAAACUAGGAACUAUAAAUUCCAUUAGAUUUUAAGGAACCCAUUGGACAAACUUGCAACAAAAAGAAACUUGCAUUAAUAAAAUAAACUGAUAUGUUUGUUUCCAGGAAACAUGGUGGAGUUGGUUGGCACCAUCAUCUUGGCUGUCAACAAAUAUCAACUCACCUCAACAUGUUUUUCUAAAACGUCUUUGUCAAAUUUUAACAAAUUUUCAAUGAAUGCUGGACAUUUGUUUUCAUUUGCAUCUCGUGUUCCCUGACUAUGUAGAGUCUCUCAAUAAAUGUUGCCCAUGUUCUGCAUUCAAUAUUUUCUGUAAGUGGAGGGAACGGUAGUCAUGUUAACAGGACAUAAUGAUUGGAAAUAAGAAAUAAACAGUUGAUAGAAUUUUGGUCAUUCUGGUUCUGCAUGUGAUUUUCUUUAAACAGAAUAGGUCUGGACACAAGCUUGAUGAACUGUUUCCACUUCACUGAUGGUUCAGGAGCUUCCAUUAAUGCCUUUCUCCAUCGAAAAACUUAAUGGAAACUAUUUCACUGAGAUUAGCAAUUGAAGUACAUGGAAUGUUGUGUAAAUCUUGUAGCUACUUGAUACAGAUCUAUUAAAUUUAGCAAAGAAUAUCUCCAGGGAGAUCAUUCUUUUUAUUAUCUUUUACAUUUGUCUCAUCUCUCAAUCUAGUCCUUACUUCUUUAUUUUGCUCCUUGUACUUGAUUUCCCAUUCAGUAGGGGGCGGCACACUAACGUAGUGGUAGGGUUGCUGCCAUACAGCGCCAGAGUCCUAGGUUCGAUCCUGACUACUGGUACUGUCUACAGAGUUUGUACAUUCUCCCUGUGACUGCAUUGGGUUUUCUCCGGAUGCUCCGGUUUCCACCUACACUCCAAAGACAUACAGGUUUGUAGGUUAAUUCGCUUAGGAAAAUUGUAAAUUGUCCCUGGUGUGCAGGAUAGUGCUAGUGUAUGAAGUGAUUGCAGUUGGCACGGACUCAGUAUGAUGAAGGGCCCGUUUCUGUGGUGUAUCUCAAAAAAUAUAUCUCAAGUAGCCCAAGCUAACUGAUCUAAUCUGCUCUGCAUGCCAUAUUGGUUAUUUGUAAUUAUAUAUAAUAAAUUGAGAUAUGUGGUUGCUUGGCUUGUGUCAACAGGUGGCAGAUGGUGUGGUGCCUACUGCACCAGUCAACAGAACAGAAUUUCCAAUGUAAAACAUAAGCGUUGUAAUGAACAAAUGUCAACAUAUUGGACAUCUCACCUUUGAAAGUAAAAUCAAGCUCAUUAAUGGAUACUUUGUAGAAUAUGCAAGCCCCAAUUUUCAAUCAAAACCCAUAACUAGUAUUAAAAACAAAUACUACAAUA